GUUGAGUAGGAGGUCGCAAAACAUUUGCGUGGUCUGCUUUUCAGCCCAUGAUGCCAAAGGUGCGGUUCCGUCAAACCGUUUUCCACGAUUUUGAUUGCUUGUAACUUUUUCAUUUAAAGUAUGUCCCUCUCCCUCAACAUUCCCAAGAUGACCUCCAACUCCACCGCCAGCAACAAUCCAAACAUCAGAUACGAAGGCUCUUCUCAGACGAAGAAAAGCGAAGCGGAUUACAUCCCACCAAAGCGAUUCUACGUCGCCCUUCCUCAAAUCGCCCUUGACUACGCCUACUUCAAGGACAAUGUAACAACCAACAGCAUCCUUCGCCGCUGGAAUCUGUGUCUUCGUGCCUCUCUCUCUCGGCAUCGACUCGGUCAUUAUUUGACUCAUGACGGUGUGCCGCCUCCCAACAACGAUCCCUCCAGCAAGGCAUACAAAGACUGGCGGAACGAUUGUUUUGAUAUCAUCGAGUUAAUACUCGCCUCGGUGCAGGGGAUGGUGUUGGAUAUGAGUAAUAAGGGGUGGUAUCCUCUCUCUGAGGACCCAAGACAUCAUUAUCUCAAGGUGUUUGAGACGUUUGGGUUGAAUGGACCGGAGGAUCUUUGAGAAUAGACAAAUCGAUCACACUCAUUCCAUGAAUCUAAUCAACAAAAUUCCUUUUUC